CUCAAAGGUAUCCAGGACGAGAGCCACACGCACCUCACGGACACUCCCGGCCGCCCACCCACCCACACGCCGGAGCGAUCCGUCCGGCGGCGGAGACCGCGCCACGUAUGCUCCUCCCCCGCCUGCUCCCCGCGCACCGCCUCCUCGCCGGCGGCCCCCGCCCCCUCUUCCUCCUCCCACGCCGCCGCCUCGCUCCCCGCCCCCCAGCCGCCGUCUCCAUGUCCUCCUCCUCCGCGGCGACCGCCCGCCGCAGGGUCCCACUGCGGGGUGUGGUGUUCGACAUGGACGGGACCCUGACGGUGCCCGUCAUCGACUUCCCGGCCAUGUACCGCGAGGUGCUCGGCGGGGAGGCGGCCUACGCGGCGGCUCGCGAGGCCGGCGGGGGCGCCGUCGACAUCCUCCACUGCAUCGAGGCCUGGGGCCCCGACGAGCAGCGCCGCGCCUACGAGGCCAUCGCCCGGUUCGAGCGCGACGGCCUCGACCGCCUCCAGAUCAUGCCCGGGGCCUCGGAGCUCUGCGGGUUCCUCGACGCGAGGCAGAUCAGGAGGGGUUUAAUCACCCGCAAUGUGAAGGAUGCAGUUGAUUUGUUUCACCAAAGGUUUGGUAUGACAUUUGUGCCUGCAUUAAGCAGAGAGUUCCGCCCCUAUAAGCCAGAUCCAGCUCCAUUGCUUCAUAUUUGCUCCACUUGGGACAUUCCACCAACCGAGGUGAUCAUGGUUGGUGACAGCCUCAAGGAUGACAUCGUUUGUGGAAAGAGAGCAGGAGCAUUCACUUGCCUACUUGACGAAACAGGGCGAUACGGCCCCCGCGAUUCUUUGCCUGAAGAUGUUAAGCCUGACUUCAUGGUGUCUUCACUCCCCGAAGUACUGUCGGUGCUGGAGGAGCAUUUCGAUUUGGCUCCAGUAUCUGUCGCCGAGAGUAGAAUAUGACGGAAACGUCGCACACCCUGAAUGUAAUAUGGUAUAUGUCGAGCUGUAUCGAUCAGUUUAUCUUUACCCAUACCCUCCAAAAAUAUAACUGCUGGAAAGAAAUUUGUUUUCAGUUC